AUUGAAGGUGCACCGCGUAGAUCGUGGAUUUUACAGCGGUUUAUUUUAGUGCUAUUAAACAAUGGCUGGUAUUAAAGCUCUGAUCAGUCUCUCCUUCGGUGGAGCCAUCGGCCUCAUGUUUCUCAUGCUCGGCUGCGCCCUGCCCGUCUACAAUGAGUACUGGCCUCUGUUCCUCCUGUUCUUCUACAUCCUGUCCCCGAUCCCAUACUGCAUCUCUCGACGUGUGGUGGACGAAACAGACUCUGCUAGUAAUGCCUGUAAAGAGCUGGCCAUAUUCAUCACCACCGGAAUCGUCGUGUCCGCCUUCGGCCUGCCCAUCAUCUUUGCCCGAGCUAGUGUGAUUGCUUGGGGUGCGUGCGCUCUCGUCCUGACGGGGAACAUCGUGAUUUUCGCCACCAUUCUGGGCUUCUUCAUGGUCUUCGGUUCGAAUGACGACUUCAGCUGGCAGCAGUGGUGAAGCUCCGAACUGUUUUUAUCAGCGUGUAUUUGUACCACGACCAACGUUUAUUAUUUAUAGUGACCGCUCGUCCAUACUGAAAGCAAAUCAGUGCAAUACCCCAGUGUCCCCGGGGUUGGUCUGACCUCAGAACCUUCUGGUUUAUGUUGUUUUUUUGUGCAUGAGUGUUUGUAGUUAGUAUUUUUUUUUUGCAGGCAUGAUGCUGCUGCUUCUCUACGGCAGGUUCGAUGCUGUAAGAAUUGCUCUAAUGUGAUUGAGUCUCUGUGGAAUCUGUAGUUAGCAUUAACCACAGACUGUAAAUCUGAGCGUAAGCAUUAGCUUUAGCUUCGAGGCUGUGACUGCACUGCUUAUUUAAAAAAAUGCCAUAUUAUAAAAUGUUAGUUGUUUUUAUGUGACAAACAGGUUUGGGUUUUAAUUUAUUCAGUCGAAGGCACUGUCUGCUCACACUGUUGCAUCAUGGGUCAUACAUUUCCAUCCUAUAACCAGUGCCAGCGCUGUGUUCACUCUGCUAACGUAGUGUAAACUUGUAACUCUACAAUUUAAAGUCUGAAAACUGUGCACUCUGCAGCGUGUGGACGUCUUGGUCUGCUAUAUUUCACAUAUAAUGAAAUGGUUUUAGAAUGAUAAGCUUAGUUGAAAGUUGUGUUUCUGUUUGCACAGAACCUACAAGGCUACAAGUUUAGGAUCGCUGUAUAGCAUCAAGCUAACUGUAUUCCAGCCAAACAGAGGCGUCUGUGAAAAGUCUAUUAAAUACCUGAUCAGAUGUGUACAAUUCAAAACAAAAACGCUUGUUAUUUCUCUUUAAAAUUUUGUUUCACUGCUUUUCACCUUGUUACCUGCACCAGUCCUGUCAGGUAAAGAUUCCACAGGUUCUCUCACCUGGCAUCAUUAAAGUCCUUUAAGUCAAAAACGUAUGGAAGAAAUAUAAUGUUUCAAACGAUCAUGUAGAUUGUUUUUAUACAUAUGCAUACAUUCCAAAAGAUUUGGGACACCACACUAGGAGAAGGUCAUUUUCCUUGUUGGCCCAGAGACCCUUAAGUUCAUUAUAUCCAAAUGUGAUGGGUGGACUCAUCAGUUCAUUUCAGAUAAACUUGGUCCCAGAUUAGUCGACGGCAUUUCUGAAUGUUGUUGAUAUUUGGCUUCUACUUUCAUUAAUGUAUUUUACACACUGCUGCAAAUUUUUGGAAAUGUGUAUUAUUUAAUUACUUGAAUAUUUUAGUAUGCAUUUAAGCAUAAUGCUUACCAGUUUACACCAAAUAUAGUUUAAUUUGGUUUAUGAUGCCUCAUGAGAAAUGGUUUGUAACCAUUGAGUAACAUUAUGCGAAUAUUUACAGAUUAUAAAUACAUAAAGAACAAAUGGGCUGCUGCUUUUAUUAGCAUGAUGCUAAUAAAAGGGCAAGCCGUAGCCUAGUGGUUAAGGUACUGGACUAGUAACCAGAAAGUCGCUGGUUCAAGCCCCACCACUGCCAGGUUGUCGCUGUUGGGCCCUUGAGCAAGGCCCUUAACCCUCAAUUGCUCAGACUGUAACUGUAAUGUAAUGUAAGUCGCUUUGGAUAAAGGCGUCUGCUAAAUGCUGAAAAUGAAAUGAAAAUGAAAUGAUGCUAACUUGGUAGCUACGUUAGCCUUGUAGCUUUUGUACAAAACUGAAGCCAAUUGCUUUUAUUCAAGCAAUUAAAAAAAAAAAACUUUUAACUUGUUUUGAGAACCAUUUUAUUUAGAUUAUGUUAUUUUAUUUGAAUAUAAGAUUGUCAUUAAUACUGAGUCUCAACUUUUGGAAGCAACACUGACAUUUACUGUUACAUGUUUUAGUUCUGACGUGAUUUAUUUGCUCUUUUGUUGUAGUGUUUGUUAAGUGUUUGAGUUUAAACAUGUUCAGUCUGAUUUAUUGUAAUUGGAUUAAUUAUAAAAUUAUAUUUUACAUGUAUUUAUUAUUCCAAUCUCGUCAUUCAUUCACCGUAAACGCCAGUACAGUCAGUUCGAGUCUGGGUCUGCAAAACAAACGGUUUUAUUAUUUUAUUACAGUUAGCGAACACGAAUCAAUCUGCUCAGAUAAUAAAAGAUAUUUAGCGGGACAAAUAGUUGAAUUUGCUAAAACAGAAGUAGAUUUAUUGAUCGAUGAAUGUAAGGUUUUAUUGCUGUAUCAGGCUUUUCCUGUAGAUUAUGUAGUUGCAUGGCUCCACCACAUGAUGUCGCUACACACCCACCGCUAUUGUACUGCACCAGCAUUAUCCAUCACUACUGCAAGGGGCCUCGACCAGACAACAGAGGUUGUGCCUGUACAGCUCCAAUGACUUUCUAGAUUACUCCUCCUUCAGGCACAGCCAAUUGUGCCAGUUUGGACGCCUGGACUGGACAAUAGCACCACCUUUAGGUUCUAACUUGAGAGUUCCAGAUCUCAGCAGUGGUGGGCUAGCAUGUUAGACUGCUGGACCACUGAGUGUCCAACUUUCAGAAUUCUUCAUCUUAAUGUUGGUGUCUGAAGAUUGUUCACUCUGUAUUGAAAUCACAUUUAACUCGACGUAUAAACUGUGUCUCAUAUUUAUGUUCAUGAUUCAGAUAACACUAAAUCUGGUCUAAUAAAAAUGGCUCAGUAUCCAUACUCACUACAUAGUGCAUCCCUAAUCUGUGUAACCAUGAUAAAUCAGAUUUAACACGGUUUUAGUUUAUCAGGUUUGAUGAGACGACCAUAAAGAGCUGAAAUGUUUCCUUUUAUAUUCUGCUUAUUUAUUUUACAGCUUUAUAAUGUUUCUGUGUCCUGCUGCUUAGAAUUAAACCAUGGUGGUCAUGUUUCAUUUCUUCUUAUUAUUAAUCCUUUAUUUUUAAUAAAUGCCAUUUUUGAGCAAA